AGCUGACACAUCGCUGUCGCUUGUAAUGUUUAUUUUUGCUUGUUUAGCCAGCGGUUGUUUUAACUUUUUUAAUGAAUGCGUCGCUAUGCUUCGCCCCGGAGAAUCAUGGUAGUCGUGAACUCGGUAUUGAAGCUGUUGCAGAGGCAGACGUACACCUGUCUGUCCCACCGAUACGGACUCUACCUCUGCUUCGGGGGGCUCGUCCUCAUGAUUGUUUCCGCCUUUCAGUUUGGAGAGGUGGUGGUGGAGUGGAGUCGAGAUCAGUAUCACGUGCUGUUUGACUCUUAUAGAGACAAUGUGGGUGGGAAAUCCUUCCAAAGCAGGCUCUGUCUUCCUAUGCCUAUAGAUGUGGUGUACACAUGGGUGAAUGGCACAGAUGCAGCUCUGCUGAAGGAACUGAAGAUGGUCAAAGAGCAGAUGGAGGAGGAACAAAGAGCUCUUAGGGAACGUCUGGGGAAAAACACGAGUGACAUUACUGAAGUGCCAAAAGAUAGCGAAAAGCUGGAAUGUCUGCUGUCCCACUGCAUCAUCGCGCCCAUGCUGGCUCUGGACCCCUCUCUGCCCGCCAACGUGACGAUCAAAGAGCUGCCGACGCUCUCUCCUUCCCUUUCUGCCGCCAAAGAGCUGCUGCUCAUGAGCAAGCCAUUCCACCCACCCGUCACCGUCUCUGUGGUCGUCUUUCACUCGCAGGCUGAUGCUGAUAAAGCCUAUAAAGACGUCAUGACUGAAGUCCAAAAAUUCUCAGUUUCCAGGUGUUACUUGACGACGGAUAAAGAGGCUCCGGGUCUGAUUCGCAUGCAGACGUUGGCCUAUCUGAGCGGAUUCCCGGCUUCCUUCAAAGAGACGGAGCAGCUGAGAGUCAAAUUGCCGUCAGUCAUAACCGGCAAAAUCAAACAGUUUGAGUUGUAUUCAGAAGCCAGCAUUGCUCUGCUUCACCUGAACACUGCACAGGAUUUCGCUGAUCUGACCCAGCAGGCUAAGAAAAACCUGACUCUAGAUGGGAAGGAGUUAGCUAUCAGUCCAGCCUACUUAUUCUGGGACCUUGCUGCCAUCUCUCAGUCUAAACAGGAUGAAGACGUGUCAGCCAGCCGCUUCGAAGACAACGAGGAGCUCCGCUACUCGUUGCGUUCUAUAGAGAAACACGCCCCCUGGGUGCGACACAUCUUCAUCGUAACAAACGGUCAAAUUCCCUCCUGGCUGAACCUCGAUAACCCCAGAGUUACAGUGGUCACACAUCAGGAUAUCUUCUUGAACCACACCCACCUACCCACUUUCAGCUCUCCUGCCAUCGAGACCCACAUCCACAGAAUCCCGGGCCUCUCCCAGAAGUUUAUUUACCUGAACGAUGACGUGAUGUUUGGCAAAGAAGUGUGGCCCGACGACUUCUACAGCCACUCCAAAGGACAGAAGGUGUACCUCACCUGGCCGGUUCCCAACUGUGCUGAAGGCUGCCCAGGAUCCUGGAUCAAAGAUGGAUACUGCGAUAAGGCCUGCAACAACUCUGCUUGUGACUGGGACGGAGGGGACUGCCUCGGCGCACCUGGGAACAGGUUUCCUGCAGCUGCGGGUGGGGGCGGGCCCGGUGGAGCUGGUGGGCAGAUAUGGCAGUUUGGUGGGGGUCUGGGAGGAGCUGGCGGGACGUUAUACUGCAAUCAAGGCUGCGCCAACUCAUGGCUGGCAGACAAAUUCUGCGAUCAGGCCUGUAACGUGCUCUCGUGUGGCUUUGAUGUGGGCGACUGUGGCCAAGAACACUUUGGCGAGCUGCACCAAGUGACCCUGCGGAGGAACCAGAGUCUCUAUACGCUCCCUCUGGGCGAGACCAGGCCGUAUUUCAGCUUUGAGAAGCUGGCUCGAAGAGUCUCCGAGGCCCACGUCGGUGACAGCGCCGUGGUUCGACACACUUCCGUCGCUAACAAGUGGAAGACCAUCCACCUACUUCUCCAUCCGGGAUACAAUGCCACCCAGAUCCACUACAACGUUACCUUCCAGAGGGAUGAUGACACAGAGUUUAAGAUGAGCUUCAGUGUAGCGGUAGACACCUGCGAGGUUCCUCAGAAAAACGUCUCUCAGCCUGUGAGCAAGGAGGCUGGGCAAGAUUCCCCGCUGUCCCUGACUCCCGAACCUGUUUUUCCCUUUUCUGAUAUUCCCGAGGAAAAACGAGGGCCAAAGAUCCACAGGAGGAAACCUGGCAAACAUGAAGCCGUCAUUCGGGUUCCUUCAGUCAAUGUGUCACUUUUACCGGCGGCUGUCCGGAGUGAGCUCCAUAAGCUGGAGGAAAAGCUCCUGAUUGGUGACAUCACUGUCAAGGGUUACAAUCUCACCAAGGCUGAACUUCUGAAACCCUACGAGCUGCUGGAGCCAAGGCAGCAGGAUGCGGAUGUACAAGCAGGCCGAUUCCAGGGGAAGCCCUACAAACACUUAGAGGGAGUUCAGUUGGAAGGGAAGAACGAAGCCGGAAAAAUCAUCCGGGAAAGUCAUGACUCAAACGUGAUUGUUCAGAAUAAAGCCGCUCCUUCCAUCCCGGUUCGCAUUGAUGAUAAAUUAAGAAAUGGUAAUUCUUAUCUACUGAACGCUGUUAUAGCGUCACCCGUGAUUUCCAAACUUUUAGGUAAUAUUUCCAUUAAAAAGAGCGAGGAGUUUCCAGCAGAGCCAUCUGGGGCUCCUGCGGUCGGGAGGAAACUCCAACACUUCACCUCCUCCGAUCGAGGCUUUCUGCCGUGGGAACGGAGGAAGUAUUUCCAGGCCUUGCUGGAGGAGGAGGAGCGUCUCCAGACGGAGCUGUCCUACAGGAGCGACGGUGCAGCCGCAGGGCGAAAGCUUCAAGACACGUUCGCCGACUCGCUGCGCUACGUCAACAAACUGCUCAAUGGUCAGUUUGGCUUCACAUCUCGGAAAGUCCCAGCUCACAUGCCGCACAUGAUCGACCGUCUCGUCAUGCAGGAGCUGCAGGACACGUUUCCCGAAGAGUUCGAUAAAACAUCAGGCCACCGUGUGCGGCACUCGGAGGACAUGCAGUUUGCGUUUUCCUAUUUCUACUUUCUGAUGAGUGCCCAGCAGCAGCUCAACGUCUCAGAAGUGUUUGAUGAGAUCGACACGGAUCACUCGGGCGUUUUGUCCGACCGCGAGAUUCGAACUCUGGCCACCAGGAUCCACGAGCUCCCGCUCAGCCUCCAGGACUUGACGGGUCUUGAGCAGAUGUUGAUCAACUGCUCUAAAACACUCCCGACUAACCUGACCCAACUCCACCUGGCGAAUCCCACCCAGGAAGCCUACUACGACCCCAACAUGCCUCCUGUUACAAAAGGUCUGGUCCUGUUCUGCAAACCAAUCACUGAGCGGAUCCAUAAAGCCUUCAGAGACCAGAAUAAAUACAAAUUUGAGAUCAUGGGGGAGGAGGAGAUCGCUUUCAAGAUGGUGCGGACCAACGUGUCCCACGUGGUUGGCCAGUUAGACGACAUCAGGAAGAAUCCCAGGAAGUUCAUCUGCCUGAAUGACAACAUUGACCACAGCCACAAGGACGCUCCGACAGUAAAAGCGGUGUUGAGGGACUUCUAUGAGUCCAUGUUUCCUCUGUCUUCCCAGUUUGAACUUCCCAGAGAAUACCGCAACAGGUUCCUGCACACGGAUGAGCUCCAGGAGUGGCGGCUGUAUCGAGACAAACUGAAGUUCUGGACUCACUGUGUGCUUGUGACAUUGGUCGUCUUCACUGUCAUGUCCUUCUUUGCUGAACAGCUCAUUCUCCUGAAGAGGAAGCUGUUUCCCAGACGCAUUGUGACCAGAGACAGUAACCCUGAGCGGGUGUGAAAGAACUCUUCCCGCUCUUCUUCUUUCUGAAGGGUACGGUCCACCUGUCCUCAUCCUCAGUGGUGAGGAUAGGGAUGGAGCCAGACUGGGCAGAAACGGGGAUCGGUCUGGUCCUGAAUCCCAUCGGUGCAGAUGGAGGCUCAUGUCUUCUUUGGAGGUGAUGGAUGGAGACAGCUGGUGAAGGAACAGGCAGCUAGAAACUUCAUACCUGUACUGUUUGUCUUCGCUGAGGGGAUUUGAGUCUUGUCAUACAAAACACUCCUCCCGUCCUGCCAUCAGCAUGUCGCUGACAAACGUACGCUCCACCCUGGAACUCUUUAAUCAGGAGACUCACACCGGUACAAACCGCUGAAGGUGUUUGUCAUUUCUGCGUUCAGGAUUUUUCUUUUUUAAAUUAAGUUCAAAUGUUUUUGUUUGAAACCGAAGACUUCAAAUGUUUUGCUUGAAAGCAAAACAGGAUGCUUUUGAAGUUUAUCGGAAAAAGAAAGUAAUGCUUUCACAAGUCUUAAAAUAUGGUAAAAUCGGAACAAAUCAUUUAAAUUUUGACUGUUACACAUUUGAAACAAGUGCCUUUGUUGUCUUUUCUGGAGGUUUUUCUCCUAAACAUUGAGAACCUCCUGAUCUCUUGGUUUACAUUAGGAAUGAAUGGGACGCAGAAUGAGAUGAUUAUUAAUGCAGUUGAGAUCUACUUGAUUGUUUGAGCUGCGAGUAAUUCUGUAGCUUUCACAGCUACCUGUGUGUGUGUGUGUGUGUGUGUGUCCGUCCCCGUGGGACGCGACAGGCUCACUGCUGUCUGAGAUUCAGACCUCCUUGGCAUGUUCAGUAACUUAUUUCCAUUGUGUUGUGAUCAGUGCAUCCAUUUUGAUUGCCAGAAUGUAAACGUGUCUCAUUAAUGACCACGUCCUCAAACUCUUCUGAGAGUCAGUUUUAAAGGUUUUCUUCAUUACAGGCAAACGAACACUUGAGCGACUACUAGAAACUGGUGUGAUGUUGACCAAGGAGGUGAACAGAAGCGUUAUGGAACGCAUUUGAAGAUGGGAUUUUAGUUUUUUUAUUUCAGGGUUUGUUUACUUGAAAUAAAUUUGAGUUCUAUUAU